UGGCUCCUCCCUCCCUCUCCCCCGCCUCCCCCGCCGGAGUCACGUAGCUCUGCGGCACCGCAGCCUCUUUUACAGCCGGAGCCGCGCCGCCCGCACACGCAGCUGCUCCAGCCUCGACGACAGACGGACGCACGGACGGGAGCCCGGAAAAACCAGCCAAGAUGACGCACCAGUACCCCGCCCUCACCACGGAGCAGAAGAUGGAGCUCUCAGACAUCGCCCAGCGGAUCGUGGCCCCGGGCAAGGGCAUCCUGGCAGCCGAUGAAUCCGUGGGGAGCAUGGCCAAGCGGCUGAACCAGAUUGGGGUGGAGAACACUGAGGAGAACCGGCGUCUCUACCGCCAGAUCCUCUUCAGCGCCGACAGCCGGGUGGAGAAGUGCAUCGGGGGGGUCAUCUUCUUCCACGAGACCAUGUACCAGAAGGCGGACGACGGCACACCCUUCGUCGAGAUGGUCAAGGACAAGGGCAUCGUUGUGGGCAUCAAGGUGGACAAGGGCGUCGUGCCUCUCGCUGGGACCGACGGAGAGACCACCACCCAAGGCCUGGACGGGCUCUCUGAGCGCUGCGCUCAGUACAAGAAAGACGGGGCGGAUUUCGCCAAGUGGCGCUGCGUGUUGAAGAUCAGCGAUCACACCCCCUCCGCCCUGGCCAUCCUGGAGAACGCCAACGUCCUGGCGCGCUAUGCCAGUAUCUGCCAGCAGAACGGCAUCGUGCCCAUUGUGGAGCCGGAGAUCUUGCCCGACGGGGAACACGAUUUGAAGAGGUGCCAGUACGUGACUGAGAAGGUCCUGGCCGCUGUCUACAAGGCGCUGAGCGACCACCACGUCUACCUGGAAGGGACCUUGCUCAAGCCCAACAUGGUGACCCCGGGGCAUGCCUGCCCGACCAAGUACAGCCCGGAAGAGAUCGCCAUGGCGACGGUGACCGCCCUGCGCCGCACGGUGCCGCCUGCCGUCCCAGGGGUCACCUUCCUGUCUGGCGGGCAGAGUGAGGAGGAGGCCUCCAUCAACCUCAACGCCAUCAACAACUGCCCCCUGCCCCGUCCGUGGGCACUGACCUUCUCCUAUGGCCGGGCACUGCAGGCCUCGGCCCUCAACGCCUGGCGCGGUCAGCGGGAGAAUGAGGACUCGGCCACGGAGGAGUUUGUCAAACGCGCUGAGGUCAAUGGCUUGGCGGCCCUCGGCAAGUACGAAGGGUCCAGCGACGGUUCUUGCGCUGCGGGCCUGUCUCUCUACGUCGCCAACCACGCCUACUGAGGCCCCGCUGGGCUGGGAGCAGCCCCCCCCAGCCCCAGGUGGGGCCAGGCUUUUAGCAGCUCCCCACCCCCACCCCCACUGGCGGAAAACCUCCCACUCUGCUACCUUGCAUCCCAGCCACGACAGCCACACCCAGCUUUGUCUCUACCGUAGCCGCCAGAGGAGCGAAGUAGCCGCAGAGUGUGUCCGGUGCCAGGGGCGACGUGCAGGGAGCAGCAGCAGCAGCAGCAGCCGAAAGAGGAGCCGGGUUUUGUGCAGCUGGGAGGCAGAGGGGGUGGGAAUCCUAGCAGCGCGGUCCUACCUUGCAGGGUCGUUCUGAGGAUCCCAAAGAAAGCACACCCAGAAGCGCUAGGAAGACCCCAAAGGGGAUGUUCCCAUCCUGGAGGCGGAAGCGAGUGUGUGGGGGGUGGGGCAGGAGAGGGUUGUGGGGUGAGCCCAUUGCACGGGGCGACAGGUUGCGGGGGAUCCCUUGGGGGGUUCCCCGCUGUGUGGGAGGAGCUGUUGCCAUCACGCCGGCAUGAUGCCGCCCCUCCCCCUCCCCACCUGUGUAUUUGGGGACCCCUUUCCCCUACCCCCCGCCCAUGUGGCUCUGCACUUUGAUGUUGGUCGUUGCUUUUGCAGAGCUGUGCCCCUAAGUACCCCACCACCACCGGGCGAUGUCAGCAUGGGGGGCUCCCCCCGAGUCGCCAAGGGGAGGGGCAGGCAGUUACCGCCCUCUAUGUGCGUGCUUGUGUGUCGAGUGUGCACUCUUUGCACCUUAAAUGUACCAAAUAGACCUUAUGACUAAUAAUAUAAUAAUAAACUGAUAGAGGAGUGAA